UAACACUGCUCUCAAUAGUAUCACUAUCGGUCAGCUGCACACGAUGGCUAAGGUAUCUACAGAGCAGCCCCUUAUGAAGGACCAGUACAGCACAGAUAACAGACUCAAUGCUGAAGGCUCUUCUGAUGAGACAAACCCUGCCAAGGCAUCCAGUAGUCACAAUGAGCUUCACAAGGAACUGCUGUUUGCCCAUAAGAGGGGUGUGGCGCUGAGCAGAAGAUCAGAACUUCAGCGGGUGAUGGAGAGGAGGAAAAGGGUUCAGAAUGACCGGGAAGAGGAGGGAAACAGCAGAACCCCUCUGGAGGAUGUGCUGCUUAGACAUCAACAGAAACAACUUGAGGAACCACCAAGUCCAACACCCACAAAUGUCCUGAGUAGCAGCAGUGGCUGAAAGCCCCUGAAUGUAUGGACAGACGUUUUUGUAGCGGAUGGAAAAACUGGACAAAUGAUGGUGGACACCGAAGAUGCAGACAUGUCAUUGGCCAAUGGCUGUUGUGUCGGCGCUCUUUCGUGUUUUUUUAUCUUGCGUGCCCUUGUCAGCUGAAAAACAUUUUCACUUUUGGAGGCCUUUAUUCUUAAAAUGGACACACAGGUACCUGUAGCUGUGCAGAGAGUGGCAAAUGCUCUAAACAUUUAUUGUUGCAUGUAGCACACAGAUUACAGUGUAUAACAUUAAUAAAUUACAAAGUUAAGUGUUGUACAUCUGUAGGUUUUUGUUUUAUCCCGGUAAUUUUGCCAUCAUUGCUGUGCAUGCUGUGUUAUCCUGUGUAAAUGUACACCUUUUUCACAUUUCACAAUAACGGUUACCCGAAGAACCAUUAUUCCCUGGAAGAACCAUUUUUUUUGGCUCCAUAAAAAACAUUUUUGAAAAAGGUUCUGAAGCACCAUUUCUGGUUCCUUUAAAGAACCAUUAUUUUAAGGUAAUGGUUCUUUAAAGAACCAUGAUUCGAAAGGUUCUUUGUGGAACCAAAAAUGGUUCCCCUAUGGCAUCACCCAUUUUUGGUUCCAGUUGGUUUGGUUUGGUUCCGGUGUGUAGUACCGGUAGCCUACACUGUGCAACAUUACCUGGCUUGUACCACUACAAACCCAACGAAUUAUAAGGGUACAUGUGGCAGUGACUGAGUUAUAGAAUAUUUCACAAGAUGACAAUAUUAAUUUCAAAGAAAUAGUUUAACAAGAUAUUAAAAGACAGGAUGUCCCAUCAGAUCUAAUUUGUUAAAACCAUAAAGUAUAGCUAUACACAAAACCUGUCAAAAACACCUCCAGUUUUAUUGAAAUGUACAAAGUUUAAUUUCUCAAUGUACUCUGAAAUCUAAGUAUAGAACAAAUUAACAAUUGGAGAUAAAAAAAAAAAAAUCAUUCAAUCCAAAUUUUUCUCAUAAAAGUAGUCACCGUUUGCAGAUUUAACAGCCGAACAUACUCAUGGGAUUCUUUCUACAAAAGAAAUCAAAAAUUGUUCAGAAAGUUCUUCCCAACACUGCUCUCCAAUGUCAAUGUCAAUUUUAUUUAUAUAGCACUUUUAAAGGCCAAUGGCCAGCCAAAGUGCUUUACAAGAUCAAAAUAAUCCGUAGCAAUAAACAAUACAGGCAACAAACAAGCAAAAAACAGUAAAAAGGCAAACAAAUAAAAGAUCCAAUACAGGUGACUUAACUCAGCCAGAGGCCAAGGUAAACAAGUGGGUCUUAAGGCGUGUUUUAAAAGUUGAAAGGGUCGUCGCAGACCGCACAGAAAACGUUAAAGCAUUCCACAGUGUGGGAGCCGCUACUGCGUAGGCUCGAUCUCCUUUGGUUUUAAGGAACGACCUAGGAAUGUUCAAAAGCAACUGGUCAGCUGACCUCAGGGCUCUGGAGGGUUGAUGUACAUUAAUAAGGCUGGAUAAAUAUUCUGGGACCAGUCCAUGCAGAGACUUAAAAACAAAUAAAAGAUUGUUAAAAAUCAAUUCUGAACCUAACUGGAAGCCAGUGGAGGAAAGCACUGGCGUUAUGCGCCCAUGUUUCUUUGUCCCGGUUAGGAGACGGGCUGCUGCAUUCUGCACAAGCUGUAGACAGUUGAGUUCUGAUUGGCCGAUACCGACAUACAGGGAGUUGCAAUAGUCCAAACGCGAAGAUAUAAAUGCAUGACUUUUUCAAGAUCAGCCCUUUUUAGAUAGGGUUUGACUUUGGCUAGAAGCCAAAGCUGAAAGAAGCUAGCCUCAACCACAGAGCUGAUAUGCUUGUCCAAUUUAAACGCCCCAUCAAUAAUUACCCCACGGUUUCUGGCCUGGGAACCUAUGUAAGGUGCUAGUGGGCCAAGGGAGCUGGCAAGGACCUGGACCAAGUCAGGGCAACCAAAUAGCACAAUCUGUUUUGUUUUCAUUUAGUUUUAAGAAGUUUAGGUCCAUCCAUGUUUAAUGUCCGUCAUACAAUCAAACACAGCAUGAAGGGAUUCCUUGGAGGGUGUCAAGGAUGCGGGUGGAGGAGGCAGGACUCAAGCGCAGACUUCUCAGGAAACAAAAGACUUUAAUUGUCAAAAGGCAAAAUCAAACAGGAACCGGGGGGAAAAACAGCAGGCAUGAAACUAUUGUAGCGUGCCUUAAGUUCAUGAAUGUAUAUGGCUCUGAUUAAUGUUACUGUUACGUAGGCCAUUGUUGGGGUACCGCCCCUUCCGGGGAAUGUGGGUAGUUUUCGGGGAGCACAGGAAGGGGAAGUUCUGUUCGGACUAAGUUGAUGACCGGGUAUGUGAAAUGGCGUGGCUGUGGCCGACAACAGACAACAAUAAACCCGAGCGAUAAGAA